UCGAAGAUCUUUGUCAUUGUCACUGCUAGGUCGAGUACAGUGCGCAUUGGAUAUACUGAACUUGCAUAUUUUUUUACUUUCUUUUUAUAUAAUUUUGAUUGUGUGUUGCGACAUUGUUAUUAUUGCGGGCUUGUGACAUAUUUUUCGGUAGCAGUAAAAAAAAAAAGUGUUUCACGACGUGUAGUCUGCAUCGUGUGUUUUAGAACUGUGCUGUGUAGAAGUAUUCUGCUGGAUUUUUAUAAAGACUAAUUCUUUUCACAUGACAUUUUACUGGUUUUAAUGUGUAUCUGCCGCUGAAGCUGAAUAAAAGUUUAGUGAAUACCAUGAGUAUAGAAAGUGCUUCGAAAUACGUGUUAACUUUUAGUUUUUUACUGCUAUUCAGCUGUGGUAUAACGGCAGAAUGGAAUACACAGGACUAUAUGAAGAGAGAACAUUCGCUUAUAAAACCUUACCAAGGUUCUGGAAUGACUAUACCUUACUGGGAUUUUUCGGGCAAUACUAUGGUUACGAAUAACUAUGUCAGGCUAACACCAGAUCAGCAGAGCAAGCAGGGAUUAUUAUGGAACACUGUGCCUUGUCAUGUUCGUAACUGGGAGCUGCAAAUUCAGUUCAAAGUGCAUGGAAAGGGGAAGGAGCUGUAUGGAGAUGGUUUAGCAAUCUGGUAUGCCAAACAUCGUAUGACCCCAGGACCAGUGUUUGGCAACAUGGAUUUCCAUGAAGGCUUAGCUGUAAUACUGGACACUUACAGCAAUCACAAUGGCCCUCACAAUCAUCAGCACCCAUAUAUUUCUGCAAUGGUAAACAAUGGCUCCCUGCAUUAUGACCAUGAUAGGGAUGGUACACACACGCAGUUGGCUGGAUGUGAAGCUAAGUUUCGCAAUGUUGAACAUGAUACACACAUUGCUAUUCGUUAUGAGAAUGAUGUCUUAACAGUGAGUAUUUUCCCUGGAAACGAGAAGCUGGUUGAAGCUCGGAAACAAGACCUGUUUGUGUCGACAGAUUUUGAGAACAAAGCUGCUUGGAAGGAAUGUUUAUCUGUGAAGGGAGUCAGACUACCAACUGGGUACUACUUUGGUAUGACUGCUGCUACAGGCGACCUCAGUGAUAACCACGACAUCCUGUCAGUUCGUCUUUAUGAACUUGAUAUGCCAAGCGAUCCAAAAGACGAGGAAGAUCGGUCACAAAUUUCUCCUUCAGCAGCAUUUUUUGAGCCACCAAGAGAUCAUGUAGAGGAUCCAAAGCCAUCAUCACUCAGUGGUUUAAAGAUCUUCAUUUUAAUGCUGCUGGGAACACUGGCAGUUAUUGCUUUUAUUGUCAUUGGAAUUAUGUUCUAUCAAAAGCACCAAGAAAACAGCCGGAAGAGAUUUUACUAAGUUUAAUAUGUCUUGUGCCAUUUUGAUGUUACAAGGAGAAAUCGUUUGAAGACUGAAACAUCUCAUCUCUUUGACUCUCAGUUGCAUUAAUUUUAUAGUGUUACAAAAUUGGGUUCGUUUCAUCAGUUUCCUGCAUGUAACUAGUGUUAUUUUAUAUAAGAAAUUGUUUCUUCAGUCAUUGUUAUGUACAGUGUAUUUCAUUAAUCAUCCUUCAUUUGUGUUUCAUGUUUUGCAUUGCUGUGAUAUAGCCGUAAGAAUACAAGUAUACUGUGAACACGUCUGUGACAUUGUGACUAAACCAAAUUAAAGCCACUCAGUUAAUAGCCAUAA